GAAAUCUGCAAGGAAGGGAACGGAAAUCGGCCUCCAUGAUCUGCCGGUGGACCUUGAGAGUGGCUGGCCUGAUGGCGAGAGAAGGUUGCCUGUUGUUUGGUGGGAGCCCAGGAUGGUUUAAAGGCCUUGGGCUGCAAACACAGCAGCGAAGGAGCUUGUCUCUGCAUGAGUACCUGAGCAUGGGGCUGCUGAAAGAAGCCGGCGUUUCCGUCCCUAACGGCCUGGUGGCCAAGACGCCGGAAGAAGCCUAUAAGGCAGCGAAAGAGAUUGGAACGGAAGACAUAGUGGUGAAGGCGCAGGUUUUGGCUGGCGGCCGGGGCAAAGGGACAUUCGAAGGGGGCCUGAAAGGAGGGGUGAAGAUCGUCUCCUCUCCGGAAGAAGCCCGGGAGGUGGCCUCCAAGAUGAUCGGCAAGAAGCUCUACACCAAGCAGACGGGAAAGCAGGGCCGAAUCUGCAACCAGGUCCUCGUCUGUGAACGCCGCUACCCAAGGAAGGAGUACUACUUUGCCAUCACGAUGGAGAGGUCCUUCCAGGGCCCCGUGCUCAUCGGCAGCUCCCAGGGGGGCGUCAGCAUUGAAGACGUGGCCGCCGAGGACCCCGAAGCCAUCGUCAAGGAGCCCGUCGACAUUGUGGAAGGCAUCCGGAAGGACCAGGCCCUGAAGCUUGCCCAGAAGAUGGGCUUCCCCGCCAAGGUGGCGGAUGAGGCCGCGGACAAUAUGAUGAAGCUGUACAACAUCUUCAUUAAGUACGACGCCCUCAUGGUGGAGAUCAACCCCAUGGUGGAGGACUCGACGGGGAAAGUGAUGUGCAUGGAUGCCAAGAUCAAUUUCGACAGCAACUCGGCGUUCCGCCAGAAGAAGAUCUUCGACCUGCAGGACUGGAGCCAGGAAGACAUGAGGGACCGAGAGGCGGCCAGCGUGGAUCUGAACUACGUGGGGUUAGAUGGGAACAUUGGGUGCCUGGUGAACGGCGCCGGUUUGGCGAUGGCGACCAUGGACAUCAUCAAGCUCCACGGAGGGACACCGGCCAACUUCCUGGACGUCGGAGGGGGCGCCACAGCCGUGCAGGUCAAAGAGGCCUUCAAGCUCAUCACUUCGGACGACAGGGUCCAGUCCAUCCUGGUGAACAUUUUCGGCGGCAUCAUGCGGUGUGAUAUCAUCGCGGAAGGGAUCAUCAUGGCGGCCACCGAGCUGGAGCUGGCCAUCCCGAUCGUCGUGAGGCUGCAAGGGACGCAGGUGGAGGCAGCCAAGGCCUUGAUAGCAGAGAGUGACUUGAAGAUCUUGGCCUGCGACGACUUGGACAAAGCUGCUGAGAUGGCCGUGAAGCUGUCGGAAAUCAUGACCUUGGCGAGGCAAGCUCACCUGGACGUGAAGUUUGAGCUGCGAACCUGAAGGAGUGU